AUACGGAGUUUGCCCGUGACAUCAGGGAAUGCAGCGACUAUAAAUGGGCCCGCGCCCCUCAACAGCCGCCAUUUGUCUUAUCUUCCGAGCUGUCGGGAAGACCAGCACCACAUGGCUGAGCCUGGCUGUGAGCCCUCUUCUGAGGAAAGCCUGGGCACGGAGGAGCCCUCGGCAGCCGACCCGAAGAGCCCGAAGCAGAAGCAGCCGAGGCGCCAAUGCCGUCGCCACCGCCGCCGCCGCCGCCGCCGCCGCCCCGACAGCUUCGCCACCUACCUCCCCAGGGUUCUGAAGCAGGUGCACGAGGGCCUGAGCCUCUCGAAGAAGGCCGUGAGUGUGAUGGAUUCGUUCCUUAAGGACAUCUUGGAACGCAUCGCCGACGAGGCCGCUCGUCUGGCUCGCUCCACCAAGGGCUCCAACAAGCACUCCACCAUCAGCUCUGGGGAGAUCCAGACAGCCGUGCGCCUGCUGCUGCCCGGGGAGAUCGGCAAGCACGCCGUGUCCGGGGCCACCAAGGCCAUCAUCAGGUACACCUUACGCCAAUGA